AUGGAGCCCGCGGCCACCAGCAUCCAGGUGCUGCUGCAGGCGGCCGAGUUCCUGGAGCACCGCCAGCACCGGCACCCGCUCGGCCUGGCCGAGGCCGAGCACGGCUACGCCGCGCUCUGCCCUGCGCCGUCGCGCCGGGCCGUGGGCAGCGUCAGGUCGGUGCACAACGCGCUGGAGAAGCACAGGAGAGCGCAGCUCCGGUGCUGCCUGGAGCGGCUGAAGCAGCAGGUACCGGUGGGCGCGGGGCCGUCCCGUUCCACCACGCUGAGCCUCCUGCACCGUGCCCGGCUUCACAUCCAGAGGCUGGAGGAGCAGGAACUGAGGGCACGAAGGGCCAAGGACCGGCUGCGGGACCGGCAGCGGAGCCUGCAGCGGCGGCUGGAAUCGCUGCUCUUGCCCGCUGAUGGGGAACGGGCACGGGCCGACAGCCUGGACUCGUCCCGGCUCUCAGAGCCCUCCGAGGAAGAGGAUGCCGAGGUAGAGGUGGAUGGUGUGGUGUUCAGAGGGAACCUGCUGCCCAGCUUUGGCACCGGGAGGGACCACAGCUACUCCAGCCCCCAGAGCCCCGCAUCCUGACGGUGCCUGCUGCCUUCCCUGCCCUGCCUGCCUGCCUCCUUCCUGCUGGGAACCCAGCCCCAGCCAGCCUCAUCACAGCUGCCAGCCUAAGGGGCCACAGAUGGGGACGAGAGUCCAGCUUUGCCCCCCCACAGCUGGGUGGCACUGGCUGUGGCACUGGGUGCAUGGGGCUGGACUGUGCUGUGGCACCUGCUGUGCACAAGGCACUGGAAGAGGUGCUGGAAGAAGGCCCGGCUGUCGCUGAGGACACCCUCCUGCCUCCCCCUGUGCACCCACGGGCAGUCUGGGGGCUGCCUGGCGUGGGUAUGGGGCGCUGCUGCCCACUGCAGACACGACUGCAGGAAGGCUCUCCUGCCCCUGGAGAGCCAGGAAGGGGAAACGAGUGCAUUAAGCAACCUGCCUUCAUGCUCCUGCAGCCACCCCGCUCUCUUGUACAGACCCGACACUUUUAUAGUAAAGGC